AUUCAUCAACGAUGUCAGACAACUGUAACGUCAAGAGUUGGAAAUGAAGAAGAAACCACUACUGAACAUUAUACAUUAGAUCGUGAAUGCGAUUUCAAAUCUCCCCGUCGAUUAUUCUCACAAAGUUCACGUGCGGACGAAGACUUUAUAGAAGCAUUAAAAACCACCGAUGAAUCAAAUUCCCUAGAAUCUACUGUCGAGAUUCGCCCAAAUGUUGAAUUCGUAUGGGCAUCAACAAAAACAAAACUUUUAUCGAUAAAGUUUGGCGGGCUCACGGAUUUAACUCAGUACAAAUCAGCACUACAAAAAAAGACAUGUAUUUGA